UUUACAAAAUAAAAUGGAACUCUGGCUAAAAAUAUCAUUGCUGUUGAGCGUUUUUGGAUUUUUGCGGGAAACGAAGCCAUCUACGCCGUUUUUUACCGAUUUUUUAGUGGAUUUUAAGAAUAUCACGUUAGAUCAAGUGUUAAGAGAUGUCUAUCCGAUUGGGACUUACUCUUAUAUGGUGCUGGCAAUUGUGGCUUUUCUCAUUACGGAUUAUUUGAGAUACAAACCCCUGAUUUUCGUGUCAGGCCUCACUGGAAUCAUCACAUGGAGCUUAAUUCUGUGGUCCCAAUCCUUAAUUGGGAUUCAAAUAGCUGAAGUCUCUUAUGGAAUUUAUCUCGCUACAGAAGUUUCUUAUUAUACUUACAUUUAUGCGAAGGUCGAAAGGGAGAAAUAUGAGACUGUAACUGCUCACACGAGGUCUGCUGUGUUCCUGGGACGAUUUAUUGGAAGUGUUUUGGGACAAAUUUUGGUUUUUACGCGUUUGAUGGACUACAAGGAACUUCAUUAUCUGUCAUUAGGAACUCAAAUCACGUGUACUUUGUGGGUAUUUUUACUUCCAAAAGUCUCAAGUUCAAUUUAUUUCAACCAAAAAGCCGCAAAACCGUUGGAUCUCUUAAAAAGACACACCGUCACAUCAUUUUCCAACUUAGAAGUCCUUCAAUGGAGCUUAUGGUACGCUUUGGGCAACUGCGGUUUCGUUCAAGUAACGAGCUACAUUCAAGUUUUGUGGAUCACGAUCGAUGACACCCAAGACAUCAUCUGGAACGGCGGAGUUGAGGCUCUCGCGACACUUUUUAGUGUCAUCGUGACGUUAUUGGCGGAAAAAAUUCAAAAAUCUCUCAUGAAAAAUCGAAGUAAUUUGGUUAUUUUGACACUUUUGACGGCAUUUUCGGGACUUUCGUUGGUCAUGACGGCAAAAACGGCGAAUUUGUAUGUUUCGUAUGCGGGUUACAUGACAUUUUCGACAUUGUACGCCUUUACAAUCACAAUUUGUGCUUCAGCGAUAGCGAAAAAGUUGGAAGAUGACUCGUUUGGAUUGGUUUUUGGGAUAAAUACCUUCGUGGCUUUGGUGAUGCAAACGGUGUUGACUGUCACAGUGGUUUCUGGGGAUGUUUUUGUGCUGAAUAUCGUUCAGCAGUUUAUGGUUUAUGCCGGAUUUUAUUUUUUGUUUGCGAUUCUUUAUGGGUGCAAUUUGGUUUAUUCACUGAUAACGGAACGAAAAUCAGAAAAAUCAUAA